UUGUUCAGUUCAAGGGAAUGAAGAAUUCAGAAUAAUUUUGAGAAAUGGAUUCCAAUAUGGAGAAUAAAAAUAAGUUGAGACUUUGACCUGCUUUGAGGAAACAUAUUGUCCAUUUGUCUAAAGUCACCUGUAAUAGCCAAACCAGUCAAAAUGAAUUCAACGUUAUUUUCCCAGGUAGAAAAUCGUUCAAUCUAUUAUAAUUUUUCAGAGAAGAAUUCCCAGUUUUUGGCUUUCGAAAAUGACGAUUGUCAUCUGCCGUUGGCCAUGAUAUUCACGUUAGCUCUUGCUUAUGGAGCUGUGAUCAUUCUUGGGGUCUCUGGAAACCUGGCCUUGAUCAUCAUCAUCUUGAAACAAAAGGAGUUGAGAAAUGUCACCAACAUCCUGAUUGUGAACCUUUCCUUCUCAGACUUGCUUGUUGCUAUCAUGUGUCUCCCCUUCACGUUUGUCUACACGUUGAUGGACCACUGGGUUUUUGGUGAGGCAAUGUGCAAGUUGAACCCUUUUGUGCAGUGUGUUUCCAUCACUGUGUCUAUCUUCUCUCUGGUCCUCAUUGCCGUGGAACGGCAUCAGCUGAUCAUCAAUCCACGGGGCUGGAGACCAAGUAAUAGACAUGCUUACAUAGGCAUUGCUGUCAUCUGGGUCCUUGCUGUGGCUUCUUCUCUGCCCUUCCUGAUCUACCAAGUAUUGACGGAUGAACCGUUCCAAAAUGUGACCCUUGAUGCGUUCAAGGACAAGUACGUCUGCUUUGAUAAAUUUCCAUCAGACUCUCACCGGUUGUCUUACACCACUCUUCUCUUGGUGCUGCAGUAUUUUGGCCCACUCUGUUUUAUAUUUAUUUGCUACUUCAAGAUAUAUAUACGCUUAAAAAGAAGAAACAACAUGAUGGACAAGAUGAGAGACAGUAAGUACAGGUCCAGUGAAACCAAAAGAAUCAACAUCAUGCUGCUGUCCAUCGUGGUGGCGUUUGCGGUCUGCUGGCUGCCACUCACCAUCUUCAACACCGUGUUCGACUGGAAUCAUCAGAUCAUUGCUACGUGCAACCAUAAUCUGUUAUUCCUGCUCUGCCACCUCACAGCCAUGAUCUCCACCUGUGUCAACCCCAUAUUUUAUGGCUUCCUGAACAAAAACUUCCAGAGAGACCUGCAGUUCUUCUUUAACUUUUGUGAUUUCCGGUCUCAGGAUGACGACUACGAGACCAUCGCCAUGUCCACCAUUCACACGGAUGUUUCUAAGACGUCUCUGAAGCAACCAAGCCCAGUCACGCUUAAAAAGAUCCACAGUGAUGAUAAUGAAAAAAUCUGAACCUGCCGUAGCAUUUGGUCCCAGGUGACAUCUGCUUAAAACCAAGCACAACCCGCAAAGACUUUAAUUCCCUGUUCUCCCAAGGAAUAGGGUUGAAAUCAUUGAAGAAAGAUCAAGAUUUUCUUGUCUUGCUUUUUACUGCUUUUGUAGUAGCUGUCAUAAUUAUAUUUGGAACAAAACGUAUGGGCUUUGGAAUCUUCUGGCGAUAGUUUUGACCAGACAUCUUUGAAGUGCUUUUUUGUAAACUUAUGCAUAGAAUAGAAAGGCUUUUAUAUUGUAUUUAUGAGAAGGAAAUUUCUUUAAAGUAUUAC